GGAUCCUCAACUGAAGAACAUAAGCACCCUUCGUUCCUCCUUCAAGGUCUCUGUACUCCUUCGGCUGCCAAUUUCUCAAACUCGAAAGUCUUUUCUUGCUGCUUAUCAUCCAAUCUAAAGGAAAUGGGAAAGGACUCGAAGUCAAAGGACUCCGGAUCAAAGGGAAAGGGAAAACAGGCUGCAGGUGGAGCUGAUGAGAAUUCAUCUAAGGGUAAAGGGAAAGGUGGGAAGGCAGCAGAUGGGCUUGGCACCUGCACAUAUGUCAAAGCAAGGCACAUCUUAUGUGAGAAGCAAGGAAAAAUUAAUGAAGCUUACAAGAAGCUGGAUGAUGGUUGGCUCAGCAAUGGAGAUAAGGUUCCUCCAGCUGAGUUUGCAAAGGUAGCUCAAGAAUACUCAGAAUGCCCAUCAGGGAAGAAAGGUGGAGAUCUUGGAUGGUUUCCACGUGGUAAGAUGGCUGGGCCAUUUCAGGAGGUUGCCUUUAGCACACCUGUUGGAGCUACCAGUGCACCAUUCAAAUCAACACAUGGAUACCACAUUAUCUUAUCUGAAGGGAGAAAGAACUGAUUCUCUGCAAUAGAAUCAAAGCCAGAGCCUUGAGGUCAGGCUUGGCGAUGGAGAUCACAUUUGCUGGCACUUUGCGUAGUGACUGCAUGUCACUUUCCGUUUAAAGUAAAAUGUUGUUGGAUCUACUGUUCUAAGCCAUGUUGAGUGAACCCAGACUCGAGCAUAUAUUUGAAGGUCUGUAUUUUACCGUGAUUCUGUGUUUAUAUUGAGUAAUGAUCCUAGAUCCUACUUCUAUGUGGAAAUUUGUUUUAAGAAUCAAGGUGUGGAUGGGGCAUGAA